CUCGUCGAAGCCAAUGACUGUCAGCGCCGCAAGGCUGGCUGCCUGCAGGCAGCACCACUGCGCCUUCUGUUGAGUCAACAGCCUUGAGUCAAACCUCCCACAUCAACUGCAUGCUGUUUUCUAUUUAAGCUGAUGUUGUAAUUCAUUUCAUGUGUCACAGUCACAUAAAUCGUCUCGUUAGCUAUGGGUUCCAAGUUCUCUCGAGCGGUACGGCCGCAGGUGAAGGCUGCUGCCUCGCCAGUCGCAACUGCCCACCAUCACGACACUGACCAUGCAAACGCACAAACGCAAUGCCAAGAGGCCACACCACGGGUCUCAGGCCCUUACUUUUACGACGAUAUAAACGUUGCAACUUCUACCACCGCACUAGCAAUUCCACAAAGACGCAACAGCGCGCCCGCAACAAUAUUCGCUGCUUCUGCAACUUCUGUCGCUAUGGAGCGAGCCCCAAAUAUCACCACUUCCUUCCUUCUCUUCCUAGAAGAGCGCCGACUCAUGUCUAUCCAACACGAUCAUGCCGACCCUGAACCCCCGCCAGCGACUACAAUGCCCCCACCUCCUCCAGCACCAGCACAGCCUACUCUUACCUUGCCAUUACCAGAAGUACAAUGCGUCAUAUGCUGCACAGAGUUACCGGAUACCAAAAAUCCAAAGCACGUGAAAGAGGUCAUCAAGCCAUGCAGACAAUGUGGUAGUGCAUACUGCGGAUCGUGCAUCAGGAGGAUGUUUACCGAGUGCUGCAAAGAUACCACACGCAUGCCUCCGAGGUGCUGCGGGCAGAUACCAAUCCACUAUGCGAAACCGCACCUGUCGAAUGAGGAGUUCACGGAAUUCAAAUCGAAGUACGAAGAGUGGCUCACACCCAAUCCAUUCUAUUGUCCAGUGUCAACAUGCUCGGCGUUCAUUCCAGACCGACUUCUCCCGGAACAGGCAACGAAGAAGCAAGGCAAGCGUGUUGACUCUGGUAUUGGAACACCAACCUCGAAGGCCUUUGCGUGUCCAACCUGCUCAGCUGAGAUCUGUCUCGAGUGUCGGCAAAUCGCUCAUCCGGACGCUAUAUGCAACAUCUCCGAAUUCGGUAUCGAUGCGGAAACAACAGAGUUAUUGAAGAGUUGGGGUUACAAGAGAUGUCCAAAGUGCGGCCAUGGACUGAAGCGAAUGUACGGCUGUCUACAUAUGGAGUGCCGAUGUGGAGCGCACUUCUGCUAUAUAUGCAUGGAUGAGCCGGGAGACUGUGGUGGAGGUUGUAUCGAAGACGACGACGACGACGAUGGGGAAGACUACGGCAGUGACGACGAGUCUCCAUCUAACACGAACGAUGCACCGGCUCUGCCCGACGAGACAUCCCAAGUGCCAGAGCCUGUUGAAGCAGCAGCGAUAUCGACGCCACUACCGGCUUCUCAACCGCGGAACCUUGACGCUGGAGGGCAUCGCUAUUGGGAGAAUCAAGAUCUGGACUUUGGCGAGGAACCAGGAGAAGACUAUCAAGACCGCUCAUGGAACUGUGUCCACAGAUUCGAAACCUAUACGAUACCCCUCGCGAAAGCUCUAGUCGAUGACUCCGCGGCUGAGAUGGAGUGCGUGAAAUGCUGGUCUUCAAUACAUCCAGAGAUCGAAGUACCAAAAACUGUAGCAAACGAUGAUACCAAGGCAAAGACCGUACCAGCAAGUACAGGAAGAAGAACCGCUCGAGGAUUCGGGAGGGGUAACGGACCAGGACGAGGUUGCGGUCGCCCACGCGGCGCGUACCUACCUCCUCGCGGACUCUUCCAAGUCGGUGACGCCAUUGGAACAGCACCUCACCUUACUACCUCUGUCCUCUCCCCGCUAUCCCAAAGUGUACCCGAACGCGAAACCUCGCCCAUGGAAGACAUUCAUUACUCUUCCAACCGGGUAGUAGAUACCUACGGCAACAUCAUCGCCACAUCGGAGAUUGAGCUUCGUCGCCGGGCAUCCGAUGCGUCUUUCGUCACUAAUGUCGUUCCUCCACAAGCGGACUUGAAGGCCCAAGUUAUCUUCAGAGCCUCAUCGGCUGUCUUUUCUACCGCGACAACAGCGAAAUUCAGUCUCGCUCACGAGUGCAUUCACUGCGCCUUGCUCGUCUGCGCUUCGUGUAGAGAUGGUAUCUUCGCUGCUGAAGAGAGGAGAUUGAUGCAUUGAAAGAUUGAUAAGGAUUGCGGUUAGACGGAGUAACACCACAUUCACGACUUUCAUAUUCAAUAUCCGGACGACUUUGUAUGAGAAGCAGCUAGCGACUAGGUCUUCUGCAGUCAGAGCAUCUUAGCAGCAGAU